UUUUCGCUUGCCGUCUUGCGGCGUAUCCGAGGCGACGGACCAGCUUGCUUUGAGUAGGUAACUAGUUCUCCUUUGUGUUCGUAAAAUGGCAGCAGCUGCAGCAGGGAGCGCUGCUGAUGUUCAGGCCCGUUUCGGCCAUUCGGUGAAGGGGCUGCUGACCGAGAAGGUGACCAGCUGCGGUACAGAUGUUAUUGCCCUCACCAAACAGGUGUUGAAGGGCUCCAGGAGCGCCGAGUUCUUAGGACAGGCUGCAAGAAACAUGGUGAUGCAAGAGGAUGCCAUCCUCCACUCAGAAGAUAGUUUAAGGAAAAUGGCCAUUAUAACUACUCACCUGCAAUACCAGCAAGAAGCUAUUCAGAAAAAUGUUGAACAGUCUUCAAAUCUGCGCGAUCAAUUAAGACAUCUUUUGAAAUGAUGGGAGACUGGUGCGUGGUAUUAAUGAGCAGCUACAAACUGAUGGGGGAAAACACGUAUAGGAGGACCACCUACCCCUGUUCUUUCUCCAGCUUUAGCAAAGGCACUUUUGGGACUGACUACUGACAUAGUCUAGAAGACAUCUGUCAGUUGUGAGGAUACAAAUUUGAUAUUGCUUCACAUAUUAGACGUUGGCUUUGAAAUGGAGGAGGCAGUUAAUUGUUUGGUUGCCUACAUUGCUUUUGUAUCUCAUUGUAUUUAAUUAAAGACUUUAAUCCUAACUUUCA